AUGGACAGCGGGUCAGCAAAGACGGACGCUGCUGGGGGGGCAGGUCCUGACAUGCGGAAGAUGCUGGCCUCGGUGAUAAUCACGGAGAAGGCCACCACGGAGCCCUCCGCGGUGAUCAACGCUCUCAUCCGUUGCCUGCAGGUGCCCGAGAUUUCCACCCAGCGCAAAGUCAACAUUUACAACAUCCUCCAGGAGAUCAUCCAGCAGGAGGGGGAGCUAGAGGAUCAGGGCGUCCAGAGGCUGGUCGCCAUCGCCUCCAAGGAGAUGAGGGAGAGCCUGGAGGUGGAGGGCUACGUGAAGGCAGAGGUGGCCAGCGACACCCUGGUGGCUUUGUCCCGCAACCACUUCAACUUGGUCAUGUAUGAGCUGCAGCACCACCUCAAGCCUCUCAACCUCACGGAUGAAUUCGUCAUCGUCACCUUGGCGAAACUGGCCAAUGGCAACGUGUUUGAAUUCAUGCCAUACAUGGGCAUCACCCUGGCCACCAUAUUCACGAUGCUGAGACUCACCAAUGAAGCCAAGAUGUGCCAGGUGAUCUGCAGUGCCAUGGAGACCUUCUGUGAGACGGUCCAGUUUUACCUGCGGCAUCUGGAGGACAGUGUGUAUCCUGUGAUGACGGAAGAUCAGUUUGCCAUGAAGCUGUUCCCGAUGUAUCGCUAUUUCGUGACCGUGUGGCUAAGGAACCACAACCCUGAGGUGAAGCUGGGGGUCAUCAAGUCCCUGAAGCCCAUGCUGACCCUCCUCCUGCCCAACGACGACCUUCGGAAUCAGUUGUACGACUACAUCCCCCUGCUGCUGGCGGAAUACAGGGGCGGCCUGGAGGCCCUGUUCAUCACGCAGGUCUUGAGGCAGAUCCUGGAAACGUCCGUCACCACCAACACCCCCGUCCCCCAAAUGCAACUACACACCAUUUUCACGGAACUGCACGUCCAGGUGUGUUCCAAGGCUCCUGCCCAGCAGCAGUACGGCAGCCAAAACCUGGCGGAGAUCGUACACUGCUUCAUAGCCCUCGCCCGGUCCUACCCCAAGGAGCUGAUGAAAUUCUUCCUCGGUCAGAUGGAGAUGAGCCAAGAGGCCAUCCGCGUGGGGACAUUGACCCUGAUUAGGGCGAUAGUGAGCGCAGCUGAGCCCAGAAUGAAUGUCAGGACCAUCUACCUGGCCAUCCGGGUGGUCAAGACCACCCUCUCUGACACCCGCUUCAAGGUAAGGAUGGCUAUUCUCCGCAUCAUCGGCCAGUUGGCUCUGUCUGGCUACCAGGACAGGAUCAAAGGCUGGGGCCUGAAGUACGUGUCUGUGCAGCUGACUCUCUCCACCUACAAACUGACAAAUCGCCGGGAGAGCUUUUAUCAGAGGGACCUGGAGGAGAAGAUGGUCCACAAAGUCACCAUGGACACCGUGCGGAUCAUAACCUCUUCCGUCAGUGGGAUGACCAACGAGUUCUGGCUGCGGCUCCUGUGCUACAUCAUGGAGACAGAUCACACCGAGGCCUUGACUCCCAUCUGCAUCAGUCUCACAAACCUGGUGGAACGCCAGCCGCGCACCAAGGGUGUGGAGGCCAGCGUGGCCAGCAACAGCAGGCACGUGGAUCUGCCUGCGCCCCAGAAACUGCUAGCCCGUCUCCUGGUGCUGAUGUCAUCCCCCUACAAGGGGGAGGGCCGUGGGAUAGCCAUGCUCAACCUCCUAAGGACCCUGAGCCAGAGCAUCGCGCCCGCCAUGGCUGACAUGUGGGAGCUGGAGAUCCCGCUGCUGGUCAAGUACCUGGAAGAACAUACUGAGUUUACUUGGAAUCAGAAGACCUGGGAGGACAAGCUAAUUCAGUUUCUGAGAAACUCCCUUAAGAAGACUCGAGGUUCCAACUGGAGCUUGCGUCUGAGCAAAGAGCUGAACAACCAGAUCGAAAGCUUUGACAGCCCCUCCCUGGAGAAGGGCUUUCUGUAUCGGGCCCUGGGUUUCACACUGGCCACAGGCCUGGAGGCAGACAAGGUAGAGACAUUGCUGCUGGAUCUGCUGUACAAGACAGACUAUGGCAACGACUUUGACCGGGAGGGCGUGAUUCUGUGCUUUGGCCUGUGUGCCCGUGGCCAGGUGAAGACAGUGCUGAAUGUGCUCCAUGACUUUGAGGAGAGGAUCCAGGAGUCGGAACAGUCCUGGCAGAUCGGGGCUUGGCGGAAGGACCAUCCCUGGAGGCGGGAGACGGUGAAGGGCGCCCUCAUGGUCAUGUACAGCUGCGUGGCCUCGUACUGCCACCCCCAGAUGCUCCUCACCCACGUGGACACCCCCAUCACGGCUAAGAUCAUUCACCACUUCUCCAGCAGCUGCCAGGACAUCUGUCUCAAAAUGGCCUUCCUGAACAGUGUGGUGCAGGUCACCGAUGCCAUCGGGAACAUCAAGGACCUGGAGGACUUUGAAUUUGCCCAAAAGAUGAGCCUCACUGGCAUUAUAAUAGCCACCAUCAAGGCGGAACCCACCGACAGCCUGGUUUCUCCUGUGCGGACCAUGGCGAUAGAGGCCCUCUCGCACCUGAGUCUGAAGCCUUUCUACUCCACAGAGGAAAACAAUGAACUGAUGGAUAUCAGUAUUCACUCUGUCAUUUCUCUUCAACCCCCACUAGAGGACAAUGAGUCCAUUCAGACCCUGUACGCAAAUGCGCUUCAGGCCCUGGAACACCUGAUGGAGGGCCUCAUGCAGAGGCAGCUGGACCCCAAAGGGCUGCAGGAAAUGGUACAUCUCCUGGAAAAGUGGAUCUUGUCGGAGAGAGAAGGGGAGCGGGAGAAGGCCAUGAACCUCCAUCUCCGUCUCCUGCAGAUCCACGUGCAGAGCGUCGGUGUCUGCAUCCCCCUGAAGCUGGGGCAGUUUGGCACGCUGGUUGGACUCAUUGCCCCUCGCACCUGUGACUCACACACAAGAACCCGCAUGGCCUCGAUGGAUGUCCUGUCCAGCCUGCUGGAUCUUCAUGCAAGCCAGACCUGCUCUUUGUGGGGCCCUUCCGAGGAAUUGGAGCUUGCAAAAUGUAAGGAGGAUCUCCAGGGCUUGGACAUGGAGGAGAUUUUCAGUGCGUCUUCCAGAAUCGCCAAGGUGGUUUGCAUGCAGUUUAACUGUGACGAGGUGGUCUCGCUCAUCCGGAAGCUUUGUGAGAACGUCGGGGCCAUGGACCUGUGGCAUGACAAGGCCUCCGUCACCUGGAUAGGCACCUUCCUCCAGAGGCGGGCCAAGGAGCUGGAGGACAAGGUGGCUGAGAUCCUGGGUGCCAUCUUGGUCCACCUGCCCGUGGCGGACCACCCGGAAGUGCGGCGUCUCCUCAUCGAGGGCAUCCUCCUGCUGGCGCACUACCACCAGGAGACGGUCCUCACAUCGCUCCUGAGGCAGCCCCUGCCCAUGGAGAGCCACCUGACGGAGGUGUGGCUGGCCGUGGCCGAGAACGUGCCCUUUGCCCGAACGAUGCUCCAUGGGCUGAUGGGCCGGCUGCAGGCGAGGUUCACCCCCAGGGCCAAUGCCACCUCCAAAGCUGACAUCUGGCGCCUGGCCGCGGUGGACCCUCUGAUGACCCUGUGCACCAUUCACCUCCUCAUCCAGAAGAUGGAUAUGGACGACAAGGUCCUGGACCUCUUCCCCGACCUCAUCUACACCCUCCUGCUGCAGCUCAGCGGCAGCCAGGGGCCAGAGGCUGUGUCGCCUGUCCUCAAGACGUGGAGACUCGUCCACAUGGGGACCCUGCCCAAGGAGAUCAAUCUGCAGAGGAUCACGAUCAAGUCCAUGAAGCUUCUGUUCAGAAGACUCAGCAGCGAGCAGCUGGUUCGCACGCUGGAGGAGCAGGGCGUGUGGAGCCUCCUGCAGACCAGCUCCACGCUCCUGCAAGGCGCGGGCCUGCUGGCCAGGUUCUGCAUGCGGAACAUGGAGGGCUACAGGCAGCGGCUGUCAGAGCUGGUGCUCAGGGGCAUGGACUCGGAUGUCCUCAGCUGUCGCAUCAGCAGCACGGCGGUCUGCGUGGAAUUCAUGAGCGACCCAGUUCUGUACCAGGAGAAGCUGCUGAAGCCCACGGUGUUGAUGCUGGAGAAGGGCGUGGACCAGGAGGACGAGGCCUUGAGGGUGCUCUCCCUGCGUGCCCUGGGCAACAUGGCCCUGGGUGCCCCCAAGAAGGUGAGGCAGUACCGGAAGCUGUUACUGGAGAAGUGCCUGGGCUCCCUGCGGGAGCCCGUGGUCACCAGCGUGACCUCCGAGGGCAUGGAGGCCCUGGCCAAGAUCCUGGCUGAGCUCCGGGAGGGCGACGUGGGGUCCUCGUUCGGCAUCAUCUCCGAGCGGUGCAGGGCCUUCUUCGACAACGAGAGUGAGCUGCUGCGUUUAAAAGCCUUCAUCCUGUUUGGGAAGCUGGCAAAGCUGGUCAGGAUCUCUAAGAAACACUUCUUCAAGGAGGAAGUGAAAAAAGCCUGGAUUCCCCUCAUGCUGCACUGCCGGGACCCCUGCUCCGAGGCAGCCCAGGCCUGCAUGACCACCAUGUUUCAGUGUGUGCACUUCUGGGGCCGGAAGGCCCUGGAGAACAGCCCGGGCCGAAGUAACACCAGUGCGGCCGAGGAGAUGACUGUUUUCCAGAUGAUGCUGUGCUCCAUCCCGACUCAGAAAAAGCCUGCUGUUCUCUAUAGCUUCUUGCUAGAAACAAUGACCUACGUUAAUAGUAACUUGCCAAGGAUCAGAAUUGCUGCGUGCGACCUGGCAGGAAUUAUUAUGCAGCAGAUGACUGCGCCUCACCUGAAGAAACUGGACUUUCCGGCACUACGGAAUUCGCUCCAGGAGCUGCAGUUGGACUUGGAUCCUGGGGUCCGGAGGGCAGCCCUGGGGACCCUCAAAGUCUUGGAUACUUGCUGUCGGCACCAGCUUUUGGCUUCUCCCGAAGGAAUUUGCUAGAUGGUCCGAAC